GUGUCGCAGGCUUGAUUGGCCCUCUCUCACAAUGCCCGCCUCUUCUUCUUCUUCUUUCCGCUCCUCCUCCUCCUCCUCCUCCAGGGCUGAAUCUGGGGGGCUAAAGAAGGAGGUCAGGGAGAUGCUGCCCGUGAUUGUAUUCAAGGAAAGUUUUUCCGUCAAAGACACGCAAUGUUCAGUGUGCCUCGGGGAUUAUCAAGCAGAGGAACGGCUUCAACAGAUACCUGCUUGUGGACAUACAUUUCACAGGGAUUGCAUUGACAGCUGGUUAUCGACUCAUACUACGUGUCCGCUAUGCCGCCAAUCCCUCCUCGUGUCUGCUAAAGCAUCAAUUGAAGCACCUGAUAUCCAGUUAGCAAGCCAUGACAUAUCUUCUAAUAUUCCAGAUGGUGGUGAAUUGUCUCCUGAAAAUGGCUCCCGCCCCUGCGAAGACAGCGGCCAAGAUAAUGAUUCCUGCAAUACUGGUGAAAGAAUUCUGACAAGACGCAGUGAAGAAGAGGAAAGGGGCGUGCAUAACAUAGAUGAUGAUACAGAAAUGAUGAGGAGUAGUAGUGAACACUACUAGAAAGGCGAAUUGUGGGAUUGUGGAAGUCACAGAGUUGUUUCUGCUGAAGCAGUUCAGAUGUGUGGAUCCAGGGAUGAAGAGGCUAGUAGCUCUCCCUCCAGUCCAUACAGCGAGGCAGUUGAAUUGAAGCCCACCAUAUUGACUUUGACAGUCCAUAGCUGGUUUACGAGCCUUAAAAAUCUGAAGCAAUUAUCUCCCUUUCACAGCAGCUUCUUCUAAGGCAGGACGGCUGAAUUCUUAUGGAUGCAACAAAAAGAGAAUGAAAAAGAAAGACAUAAAUUAUUGUUAUGAUUAAAUCCAUAGAGAAAUUGGAUGCCAAGAUUUAAAUCAAAAUAUGGAGUGUCUAAGUCCUCGAUUGACAUUUUA